AUGCAGAAGCUCUGCUCCCGGCUGCUGCCGCUUGAAGGCAACGUCUUCGGCUGCUGCCUUCUUGGCUCCUUGCCGGAGGUGAGCUCGCACCUCUGGCAGCACCAGGCCCUGUGGCUGCGCCUUCAGAUGCAGCCUGUCCGAGAGUCGGAGGAAUCCGAGCACAUUUCGGUUCAGUUUUCCGAGCUUGUUGACCCCAUGGCGGACUUUUCAAGAUGGCGCUAUGCCAAUGAGGUCCUCUUGGAGGAUGAGCAGAUGCUACCACACCGACAGGGUACAGGUGGCGGGCUAAGGGUUUCCAUCGAGAUGACGGCCCUUUACCUUGCGUCUCCGGAGGUGUUGAAUGAGCCAGAGCUGCGCGAGCUGUUGCAGAAGCAGCCCGGUGAACUUCAGGCCUUCCGCCUCACGCUUUCCUUGGGCGAAGGUUGUGCUGCCUUGGAGCAGCUGGUGGCUGUGUCCGAUGCGUCAGCGAUUCAGCUAAGAUUUGAUACAGUCGAGAAAGAGCUUUCUGUGGACAGGUCUGGUGAAGACGAGCCCCAGGUAUCUCACACGCUGGUCAUGGCGGAUGAUGCAAGCGAACUACAAGAGGCCUUAUCUGCACUGCAGGUCUGCCUGCAAGUUCCGGGUGCCGCAGGGCAGCUGGAAUCGGGCGACUUCGACCUGCCUGUCGACCUGUCGACGUUGAUUGCCUGCUUGCCAGAAGGCGGCUCGGAUGAGGUGAUUGCCGAGGUGCAGACCGAUCCUUUGUCAGCUGGACCAGGCAUCACCUUGUUGGCUACCCUCACAUCUUUCUGCUGGAGCUCGAGUCACGGUGAGGAUUUGUUGCCCGGUCGUCCACGAGAUGCAGACAUCUGGGCUUCAGGGGCACGGCUCCUCGCUGUGGGUCUCAGGCUCUGGCGGCUGUCCAUCGAGAUUCGCUCCAUCAGGCUUACUGCGCGGGACGCGAAGGUGUAUGUCACCUACUCCUACCCGCCCCUGCGCCAGCCGAGAGCUUUCCGGACAAAUCCGCCGGCACCGGCACGAAAGAAGGUAACACUGAACCUGCCGCACUCUUUCGCUGCCCACACCUUAACAGCGAGCUUCGAUGAACUCGAGGUGCUUCUAGAGGAGCCACUGGUUGCAGAGGUUUGGCACCGCGAUCUGUACCGGAAGGACAGUGCAGUGGGCACUGUGGAGGCUUCGCUGCGCCCUGUGCUGAGCCAGCCACUGCAGCACUCGGCCAAUCUCCCUUCCAUGGUGGAGGGCUUUCGCGUCGUGGACCAGGCCUGCCCGAUCCUCGAUGAGAACGGCUCCCAGGUCGGCACUCUCAGACUCCUCGCCUUCCUGGAGGAUUUGGGUGCCGCCAAGGUGGCCAGAUCCGAGGAGGCUCCCAAGGGCGAGGUUGCUGCCCCAGAGACAGCCUCCGUAAGACGACGCAACGAGGCGCAUCAGGCAGACGCUACAAAAGCUGCUGGACUUGGCGCGACAGAGGCCAGCGAGAAGUCUGUGUUGGAAAGCGCCUUCGGACUGGAGCUAUGGCGGCAAACGGAGGAGGACAAAUUCCGGGCGUACUUGGCAGAGCAGGAAGCUGACCUGAAAGCCCGCCUGGAGGAGGAGUAUCGACAGCGGGAGGAGGUGCGUGCUGCCGAAUUUUCCCAGCGGCAGGCCAAGAUCCAGCACGUGGAAGCCACGGUCAGGAGGAAGCUUCAGGAACUUCAACAGAAGGAGCUUUCCAUCACCUCGGAGGAAGCACGUGUGUCAGCCUCGUCUUUCAAGGAUUCGGGGUGGGGUUGA